AUGAUCCAUGCUGUAAAUAAAAGAGCGAAGGAGCUGCUCAACUUGAAGGGGGACGACGUGCCAUACCCCCGCCAUGAGUAUGCCCUUGGCGACGACCCUCGUCCAGCUCCAAAGCAGUCUCCUCCCCAGCAACCCUUUCCUCUGAAUCCAAGCAGAGCAGCAGCCUCUCCCAAGUCUCCAAAAGGGCGCUACGACGAUGCGUUCAGACAUGUCUUCCUAGAUUCAGGAACCGACUAUGAAUGCACACAAAGUGAUCUAGAUGUGACCGGAGCAUUAGCUCGACGAGAGUGCCCGACAGACAGCCGUGAAGGUCGCGAGGCUUGUGGAAAGAAAUGGUUCCCUCAACGCAACGAGGGACCAUUCGUCUCCCCAAGGCAAGCAUGUUUGGACAUAUACAACCACAACACCUCGCGCAGAAAACCAGGCAAUUUGGAACUGGAGGCCAUUGCGCGCCUUCAAAAAGCAAUAACUGCAGGGCGUGGUGGUUCCUGGGGUCCUGAUCUCAUCAUCAAAGCAUUCUGCGACCUUGACAUUGUCUUCUUCCGUGGUCGGCUUCGAGGUCACGUUUGUGUCCGCUGGCUGCCAGAUUGGUCUGAGCAUCGGUGUACUACAUGGGGCUCCACCAUAUACUUGGGCGAUAGCAAAUGUGCAAUAAACUUGAAUGCGGACACGAUCCUGUGCAAGUACAGGCAGCCGCUCGAAGGGAUGUUCGCUACGAUGUUGCAUGAGAUGUGUCGUGCGGACGCGUUAACUCAGGUCAUCGAAGGCGAGAUGAUGAAAUGUGCAAGCCAUGGAAAGAAUUUCGGCACAAGGUACUACGCUGUGAACAAGAGGGCCAAAAAGCUAUUCAACCUCUCGCUCGUGGUCCAUCCUGAGGUGAAGUAUCCACAACACAAAUACGAGAAAGGCGAGGGGUAUCCGUAG